AUGGCAGAUGACAGUGACAACAGGACUGAAAGAGAUGGCACUCUCAUGGGUUGUCUGUUCAUAUCUAUCUCUCAGUCUGUUUAUAUCUAUCUAUCUAUCUAUCUAUCUAAUCCAUCUAUAUUCUCAGUCUACCUUUUUUAUUCUCUUCUCAUUUUCCAUUUUCUCUCUGUUUUUAUUAUUUUUUUCUUGUUCCUUCAUAUUUUUCUUUUUUACCUUAAGGUUUGUCCAUCUCUUUCUUUCAUUUUCCCUUCUCUGUUAUUUAUUUCUCUAUUUUACUCCCUUAUCACCAUCUUUCUCUCAUUUAUUGUCUUCUCACUUUCCUUCUUUUGUUUUUCCUCUCUUUCUUUCUUUCAUUUUUUUUCUCUCUUUCCUUGCUUUGUUGUUCUCUUCUCACUGUUUCUUACUCAUUUUUCUUUCUUUCAUUCAAUUUUCUUUCUCUUUCUUCAAUUUCCCAUUUUCUCUCAUUCAUUAUUUUUUUCCUCCUUUCUUUUUUAUUUUAUUUUGCUGUCUUUCAUUUUCCUCUUUCUUUUAUUCCUUAUUUUUUCUCUCUUCAUUUUCAUCUUUCUUUCAUUUUCCAUCUUCAUUCUUUAUCUUGUUCAUUUUCUUUCAUUUGUUUCUUUUCCUGCAUUUUUCUAUUUCUUUCCUUCAUUAAUCAUCUGUCUAUUUUUCAUUUGUUCCCUUCUUUAUUUCUUUCUCUUGCCUUCAUUUUUUCACUCAUCUUCUUUUUCUUCUUUCUUUCAUCCAAUUUCUCCUCUCUUUCACAUUAAUUUUAUGCUUUCGCAAUCAGUAUCCUGUUUUUUUUUCUUAAUUUUUCUCAACUUUCCUUCAAUUUUUUUUUUCCUUUAUUUAUUUUUCUUUCCUUCAUUUUUCAUUCUCUUUAUCCACCUUUCUCUAUUUUUCUCUCUAUUCUUCUUUCUUUUCAAAAUUUUUCUCUUUCUUUUUUCCUUUGUGCCCUUCACUUUCUUUCCUUUCAUUCCACUCCUAUAUUUGUUUCCUUUUUUUAAGCUCUUUCUAAUCCUUGAUUUUCCACUCACUUUUCUUUCUUUCUUUCUCUCUUUCUUUCAUUUUUCUUUCUUCUAUUCUCUUAUCCUUAUUUUCCCUUUCAAUACAGCUUUCUUUCAUUUUCUUUUUCAAACUUUGAUCCCUUUUUCAACUCUCACUUCCAUUAUUACUCUUAAUUCUGCCUCCAUUUUCUUCCUUUUUCAUUUUUCAUUUUACUCUUCCUUUUUCUUUCAUUUCUACCAUUUUUGUUUGUCUCUUAUUGCUGUUAUCAAUAUGUUCAUUCCAUCUAUAUUUGAUCUCCACUUCUUUCUCCAUUUUUACAAAUUUAUAUUUUUUCAAUCUUAUCUAUUUGCUUUCCAUUUUAUCUCUUUUCUCUCCUUUUUCUGUGAUUCUCUCUCUUUUUCUCAUAUUCUUCAUCUUACUUUUCUCCCUCUUAAUUUUACUUUUUCCAUACAUUUUUUCUACUGA